ACGUUCUCUGCGCCUCAGCGGAAGUGGCUCUCUAAGAGGUCCGGCUCCCGUGCUUGUGGCGGGAUUGAAAGAAUACCGGUCCCGAACACACGUGACGUCAUGGCCGAUACUUUGGAAUUCAAUGAUAUUUACCAGGAGGUGAAAGGGUCAAUGAAUGAUGGCCGUCUGCGUCUUUCACGUGUGGGUCUCAUGUACAAAAACAGCAAAACAGGAAAGGUGGAGAACAUUGCUGCGACUGACCUUUCAGAAGGAGUAUGGCGCCGCGUGGCUCUUGGAUAUGGCAUCAAGCUGCUGACGCGCUCUGGGCAGGUUUACAAAUACGAUGGCUUCAGGGAAACGGAGUACGAGAAGCUGUCUGAUUACUUCAAGAAUAACUUUCAUGUUGAUUUGGUAGAGAAAGAUUUAUGCGUAAAAGGCUGGAAUUGGGGUAGUGCUAGGUUUGGAGGACAGUUACUUUCAUUUGAUGUGGGAGACCAACCAGCUUUUGAACUGCCUCUCAGUAAUGUGUCUCAGUGUACCCCCGGGAAGAAUGAAGUGACCCUUGAAUUUCAUCAGAAUGAUGACUCAGAGGUUUCACUAAUGGAGAUACGUUUCUAUGUUCCCCCAACCCAGGAUGAUGGAGGAGACCCAGUUGAUGCUUUUGUACAGAACGUUCUUUCUAAGGCAGAUGUUAUCCAGGCAACAGGUGAUGCCGUGUGUAUAUUCCGCGAGCUGCAGUGUCUUACCCCACGUGGCCGAUACGAUAUCCGGAUAUACCCCACAUUUCUUCAUCUGCACGGAAAGACCUUUGAUUACAAAAUACCAUAUACAACUGUACUUAGGCUCUUUCUCCUACCACACAAGGACCAGAGACAGAUGUUUUUUGUGAUCAGUCUGGAUCCACCUAUUAAACAGGGACAGACCCGUUACCACUUCCUUAUUUUGCUUUUCUCAAAAGAUGAAGACAUCACUUUGACACUAAACAUGAGCGAGGAAGAGGUAGAAAAACGUUUUGAAGGAAAAUUGAAGAAGAGCAUGACGGGCUGUUUAUAUGAGAUGGUUAGCCGUGUUAUGAAAGCUCUGGUGAACCGGAAGAUCACAGUGCCUGGGAAUUUCCAGGGGCACUCAGGAGCUCAUUGCAUCACAUGCUCUUACAAGGCCAGCUCAGGCUUGCUUUAUCCUCUCGAGCGCGGUUUCAUCUACGUCCACAAACCACCAGUGCAUGUUCGUUUCGAUGAAGUAAAUUGUGUCAACUUUGCUCGUGGUACCACAACUACGCGAUCCUUUGACUUCGAAAUAGAGACAAAGCAAGGAUCACAGUAUACAUUCAGCAGCAUUGAGAGGGAGGAAUACGGGAAGCUCUUUGACUUUGUCAAUGCUAAGAAAUUAAAUAUCAAAAAUCGUGGCCUCAAAGAGGGUAUUAAGCAGCCGUAUGAUGACUACGCAGACUCUGAUGAUGAUCAACAUGAUGCUUACCUUGAGCGAAUGAAGGAAGAGGGGAAAAUUCGUGAAAAUGCCGACAGUGAUGACUCUGGAGAUGAAACUGAUGAGUCAUUUAAUCCUGGAGAGGACGAAGAUGAAGUUGCAGAAGAAUUUGACAGCAAUGCCUCAGGCAGUUCCUCCAGUGGUGGCAGUGAUGAUGAUGAUGAGGCAGAAAAGAAGAAGAAAGUUAAAAAAGCUAAAAUUGUAAAAGAAAAGAAACCACGCAAAAAGGCAGAGGGCAAGAAGCAAAAAGACCCAUCUGCCCCCAAGCGUCCAAUGUCAGCUUACAUGUUGUGGUUAAAUGCAAGCCGAGAGAAGAUUAAAAGUGAGAACCCAGGGAUCAGUAUAACUGAUCUUUCCAAGAAAGCAGGAGAGAUAUGGAAGACUAUGACACGUGAGAAGAAAGAGGAAUGGGACCGUAAAGCUGAGGAGGCAAAGCGAGAUUACGAGAAAGCCAUGAAAGAAUAUAAGGAGAGUGCACCUUCUUCUGAGCCAUCAAAGAAGGAGAAGAAAUCCAAGACUGAAAAGAAGAAGGCAGAGAAACCCGAAAAACGGAAAUCCGCAAAAGCCUCCUCUCCAGUGAAAGCAGCUGCUGCCGCUGCCAAAUCAGCUUCAGACAGCUUCAAAAGCAAAGAGUUUGUAUCCAGCGAUGAGAGCUCCUCUGAUGAAAGCACAAACAAAAAGGGGUCAGAUGAAGAGAUGGCCAGCACUCCCGCCAGUUCCGAGUCAGGAUCAGACUAAAGAAACCGGACGGGCAGGAUUGAGGGCCCAGCUCCACAGAACGCGUCAGCCAUGAUGAUGAGUGUUGUGACGCUGGGAAUGCAGUCGAGAUUGUUAGAAAUAUGAUAGAUGUGUAAAUUUCAGUGUACUGCUUCCUGGAAUAUCACCCGUAUAUAUAUUUCUCAGUUCCUGUUUUUUUCUUUAUUUUGUAAUAAAAUAUGUGUAUUACCUUUCA